UUUAGGCUUGGCACGCAAGCGGAGGAGGCAUCCGAGGAAUUUGCUUCCCGCAGAGCGCGUCCCACGGUCCUUGGGCUGAACGUCUUUUCACUUCUCUUGCAUGGGGCACGGCAGGACGGAGUCGCCCGUGGUUGAGUGAUGGCCCAGCCUUUACUCAGGAAAACUUUAUCCCGGCUGAGGAGCAAGGAGCGCCUGCGGAGCAAAAAGGCGGCGCCCGCGCCUCAGAACGAACCAGUAGAUCCUUCAUUGGAACUACCAGACGAUUUACAUCUACCUUGUGAGCCUAAGUCAGUGGAUAGUGUUCUGUUGGUUGAUGGAUGCCAGAAAAAUGCUGCCAUCACUGUAUCACGGAAAGAAAAUUGGCCCAAGUUCACCUGGAGCUGUCAAGAAGACUCUCAUAACAGAAGGCCAUGCCAGAGCUUUUCCCCUGUGCCACAGGCCCCUGCAGACAUUGGCUUCGUGGCAACUGGACUUAAUAAAGAUACUGAAUUGCUAGCCAACUACCCAGAAACACGUAACCCCAGCCUCAAUACCAAAUAUAGCAACCAAGGUGCUUAUCUACAGACCCUGGAAAAAAGUAGCCGCCAAUGGGUGCUCUCCACAGGGAAGACUCAAGGGGUAGAAGAGGGAGCUUCCACUUCUGCCAUUGAGAUGGAAGAAUUCCACAAGCAUGGCAACUCCCAAGGAGAAAUCUGGUACAACCCAAUUCCAGAGGACGAGGACCUGCAGCUCCCCUUCCUUGAAAGGAAGUGUGGUAGUAGUUCUGAGAAUAGGGACAAGAAGAAGAACCCAAUAGAAGUUAAAGUCCCACAUGAAUGUAUAGAUAUUGACAGCUCACUGAAGGCAGUCAAUAAUGUGCAGAUUUCACCAAUCCAACUGAAGCGUGUUAAGCAAGUGGAGAUGCUGGGCAAUCACCAGUCUGAGACUUACGGAAAGAUACCUGUUGCAACUGUGGAUCCUGAAGAAAGUUCAGCCAGUGCCACACUGAUGGCCCAGAACACCAAUGCCAAUAAAAAGAGCCAUUCUUUCAGCAAGACCAAGUCCCCAGGCCCAGUACGAAGUCUCUCCAUGAAGAUGAAGAAACUGCCAGAGCUGAGACGGAAACUAAGUCUGCGCAGCUCCCGUCCUCGUGGGCCAGAAGGGAGCUCCUCUGCUAAGGAGUCAGGGAAUGUCAUCAGCCGCUACCAUCUUGACAGUAGUGUGGUAUCUCAGCAACCUGUGACCCAGGACAAGGCUGCCAGCAAUGGGGGAUAUUUGAGUGACAGUGAUUCCCCAGAACUUCUGGCUAAGACAGAGGCAUGCCUUGGCCUUGAAGAGUCAUCAUUCUGGCUGUACAGUUUUGCUGAACAGCCUAGCUGUCUACAGCAUUUCUCUGGUCUUGUCAGCAUUCACCUGCUGGGGAUCCAGGGUUUCAAGCCUCCCAAAGCUGAAACCAAAGAGCUCUUCUGCAUUCUUCAAGUAGACUCUGUUAACAAGGCUCGCACAGCCCUCCUGCCUUGCCAGGCUGCUGUCCUCACUCUCAACCAUUCUUUCCAGCUGGAGCUGGAGGAUGCCCAACUUCUCAGAAUGGCGGUCUUCUCCUGUGAUCCUACUGUGGGCAAGAAUCGAGUUUGCUGCCAUGGUACCAUCAUUCUGCCCCAGGUUUUUCAAGGUUGUAAGACCCAGCAGUUAGCCCUACAAUUGGAGCCUCAGGGGCUUCUUUACAUCAAACUCACUCUGGUGGAUCGGUGGGAUCCAGCUAAUUCGGAACAGGAACCACAAGUCUUUGGAGUGAAGCUGAAUCAGCUGGUGAAAAAAGAAGGUGCUGCCAUCAAGGUGCCACUCCUAAUCCAGAAAUGUGUAACCCAGAUUGAGAAACGAGGAUUGAAGGCGGUAGGCCUGUAUCGCUUGUGUGGCUCAGCAGCAGUGAAGAAGGAAUUACAUGAUGCCUUUGAGAGAGAUAGUGCUGCUGUUGUUCUUUCUGAAGAUCUUUAUCCAGACAUCAAUGUGAUUACAGGGAUCUUGAAGGACUAUUUGCGUGAGUUACCCACUCCUCUUAUCACUGACCCCCUGUAUCAGGUGGUACUGGAAGCUAUGUCCAAUAGGACAGUGGGACUGGAAGUGAAGGAGACAACAACAGCUCUUCUGAAUUGCCUACCAGAGGCUGAGAAGGCCACUUUGACAAUGCUACUUGAUCACCUUAGUUUGGUUGCUGCUUUCCAUACCUUCAAUCGCAUGAAUGCCCAGAACCUUGCUGUGUGCUUUGGGCCUGUGCUUCUGAGCCAAUGGGCAGGUGGGACCAUAGUCUCCAGAUCUGGCCAACAGCAUUGCACCACUGCCAGCACCAGAGAUUUUAAACAUCAUCUUGAAGUAUUACACUACCUGUUACAGACCUGGCCAGUGCCACAUAGGAAGAUGGAAGAUGGGGAACGUACCUUUCCAAGCAAGCAGGCCUGUCAUCAGUGCAACCCUCCCCUGGAUCUGCAACUGUCAUACACUACUGUCACUACUCGAAGUCACCCAAGAGGAUUGGAAAGUCCUCCAAGAAAUCGUUAUGCUGGAGACUGGAGUGUGUGUGGACAGCAGUUCCUGGGACCCUCCAAGCCAGGCAGUGAGGCUGACUACGAUGAGGUGGCAGGGAGUGAGAGUGACAGGGAAGAGGAGAAUGAGGAGGGGGUUUUGAGGAAAGGACUGGCACUCCAUAGCCAAGCAGUCUACAUGGGUGAUUUUGCCCUGGUGGAGGAUCCAGAGACUCCCUUUAGCCCGAGGCUUAAUUUGAAAGACUUUGAUGCUCUCAUCGUGGACCUUGAGCGAGAACUCUCCAAGCAAAUCAAUAUCUGCCUAUGAAGAAUUCUCUCAGGACUUUACAGUAGAGCAUUGCAAGCCGAAGUUGCCUCACCAAGUUCUUUUUUAUGACUUGCAACCUAUGCCAGUAUUAUUUCUGGUCACAGAUUUUAACUUGUGGGCUUUUGCUAAUAUUGAAGAGCCAACAUGAGUUCUCAAUGAUUGAUUGAAAGGUCACCGUUGCUGGGAUUCUCCUCAAUUUAUAUGUGAACAGGGAACAGAAGAGAGGCAGGAGCUCUCAUAUAUUUCAGUGAAAUCUUCCUCAACUUGGAAUCUUCCAGAUGUGUUGGAACUCAGUUCCUAUAUUUCCCAGCCAUCAUGGCCAACACACCUGUAAGGCACAUGCUGGGAAAGGCAGCUUUAAAUGCUUCCAAGGAAGAGAGGAUUUAUCCAUGGUUUUCUUUUCUUGAAAAGGUAAAAUUGAAAAUGUAAUGUUUUUGUGCAUGUUUUCCUAAUCAUUCAGAGCACUUUACUCAUUCUUGAAGGUAGAUCAAUGUUAUUCUGAAUCUGUAUCUAGAGUCCAGACUGAAACACAAUAGCUUGCCAAAGACUGAGCUGUGUGAUUGGGGCUCCUUUUUGCUCCUUAUUUAAUCAUUGUGCUCUGGGUUGGCUAUACUAGGUUAAGAAUUUCUUGGAAUCACUGAAGAAGCAUCUUUAGUGGAUAAUCUGAUUGGUACUGGGCAGCUAGGAGCCAUAUCUUAAAUUCCACACAAUUUUCCCCAUUUCAACUUUGCUUCAAGGUAUUGUGGGAAAUUAAAAGGGCAGUUUCAAAUUAAGGGAAACACUUUGUUUUCAAAGCAGUGGAAAGAUUUAUAAUAGCAAAGAUACUACAUUUUGUAAUUUUUAGCUUCUUUGGCGAUAGUAGCUUAUCACAAAAUCAUAUAAUCAUAACCAUAACUAUGGUAUUGAGUCCAAUGUACUGCUGUAGUGCAGGAAUUCAGGUUUUAAAACAUCCCUGUUGUAACCUAUAUUUGAACAUAUCCAGUGAGAAGGAUUCCAUCAUCACACCGGGGAAUUGAUCCCAUUGCAGAACAUUCUAUUGGACUCUGUCUUCCUGUAACUUAAAUUAAUUAUUGCAUAAUGAAUUAUUCCUGUUCUCUGGGUUAAUAGACUUCUGUUUCUUCUGUGUGAUAACCUUUCAGAUAUUCAAGGAAUGGUGUUAUAACCCCCGCCCCCCACAUGUUCUCACAAUUAAAUAUUAAUAAAUUCUUCAAUUUCUCUUGGUCUUGUUCCUUGAAAAUUCUUGUUACCCUUUUUUUGAACCUGUCUCAAUCUUUCUUAAGUAAUAAUGGCCAGAACUGGUCAAUACUUGUGGCUGGAUCAGCCAGGUAUUUCAUCUAUUACAUAUAUGUGUAAUUUUCUGUUUUCAACUUAAGAAAUUUUAGAAUCGUCUCUAUUAAAUUGAAUUCUGUUACUUUCA